AUGUCCACAACAACGUCAUCUGCCACAAUUUCAAUUCUGAAAGGUAUUUUUGCGCUGGAGGGACUACCUGAUACAAUCGUCUCGGACAAUGGUCGACAGUUUGUGUCCAACGAGUUUGAGCAAUUCUGUUCUUCAAAUGGAAUUCAACAUUUGACGUCAGCACCUUUUCAUCCUGCCUCUAAUGGAGAGGCUGAACGUUUUGUAAGGACCUUUAAAACGUCAUUAAAGAAGAUUAUGGAAGGAGGAGAAGACUUGAAUAAUGCGUUACUUCACCAUUUAAGCACUUUUCGAUCGACACCGAAUCCUGUUACCGGGAAAUCACCAGCAGAAAUAUUACAUGGACGACAGCCUAAAAUUCCUCUUGCUUUGAUGUUCCCUCGACAGAACAAACUACAAAGCAGACUUAAUCGUUUUGUUAGCGAACAGCUAGUGUUAGUGAAGAACUUCUCAAGAGGACCAAAAUGGAUUCGAGGUAGGGUAAAAAAGCAACUUGGGCGGAUGACAUACCUUGUAUCCACAGUUUUUGGAGCUCUUAAGCGACACCAAAACCAGAUGAGGGCUCAGCACUCGAAUGAAAAUCACUUGGAUGAGUUUUUCAUGAAUAAGGGCCUUCAAAGUUCUGCAGCAAAUCAGGCAAGUAUAAAUUCUGAUAAUACUAAUAUUCCUUCAGUCUCAUCGACAGUAAGCAAGAUUGUUCCUCAAGCAACAGAAACAAGGGACAACAAUGCAGCUGCCAAGCCGUCGGUGAUUCCGGCUGUGCAAACACCUAGACGCUCUUACAGACAACGAAGACCUGUCGUUCGAUUCCAGGUCUCACAUUGA